GACCGAGGAGAUGACGCCAUGGACCUAAAUUUGCCAAACAUGCGAUGACGGUUCCCAAGUCAAAUUCAUCUUCCCCAUUGUCUACACCGUCUCUCCUUCUCCCAUCCCGCACCCCACCACAAGAAAGGGGGUAAAGUGAAGAAAAAUCCAAUAUUUCAGCUCCAUCAUCGCCCCCAUUUCACGUCUAUAUCUUUUCUACUUUACACAAUUGUAUACAAAUACACUUUUAUAUAACUGGAAUUUGACAUUUAUAUUGAAAGAGAAAGGAGGGAAAUUAUGAAGAAUAGAAGCUAUGGAAAAGUGUCUGCAAAAUGGGUCCCAAUUUUCUCUCUCUGUUUCUUCUUUCUUGGCAUGUUCUUCACCACCAAAUUGUGGAUUUCAUUGGAAUCGAACAAACAGCUCAUUGCCCAGCAUAGACGUGAACAAGAGCUGCAGAUCGUGUCUGAGGAUUGCACUACCAAGAAGAAGAAAGCAGGAGGUCAAGAUAAGAAUGUAAUGAAUGAGGUGUACAAAACCCAUGAAGCAAUUCGAUCACUGGACAAGUCAAUUUCGAUGCUUCAGAUGGAGUUAGCAGCCACUAGGGGUGUUCAGGAGAAGGGAAGGACGGACGGGUCAGCUGUAAAUUCUAACGAGGGGUCUCCAAAGAAGAAGGCAUUUAUGGUAAUCGGUAUAAAUACGGCUUUCAGUAGUAGGAAGAGGCGUGAUUCUAUUAGAGAAACUUGGAUGCCUCAAGGGGAACAACUUCGGAGAUUGGAGCAAGAGAAGGGCAUUGUUGUCCGGUUUAUGAUUGGACACAGCGCAACAUCUAAAAGCAUACUGGAUCGAGCUCUUGACUCUGAAGAAGCUCAACACAAGGACUUUCUCAGGCUGGAGCAUGUUGAAGGAUAUCAUGAAUUAUCGGCAAAAACCAAAAUUUUCUUUGCCACUGCUGCUGCAAAAUGGGAUGCCGAUUUUUAUGUCAAGGUCGAUGAUGACGUCCACGUCAAUUUGGGUACACUAGCAGCGACUCUUGCUCGUCAUCGGUCAAAACCCAGAGUUUACGUUGGGUGUAUGAAAUCAGGACCUGUUCUUUCUCAAAUGAAUGUUAAGUACCAUGAACCCGAGUUCUGGAAAUUCGGAGAAGAAGGAAAUAGAUACUUCCGACACGCAACUGGUCAGAUUUAUGCUAUAUCUAAGGAUUUGGCUAACUACAUCUCAAUUAAUCAGCCCAUAUUGCAUAAGUUUGCGAACGAAGAUGUGUCGCUUGGUGCUUGGUUUAUUGGUCUAGAAGUCGAGCACAUAGAUGAACGCAGUAUGUGUUGUGGCACUCCACCAGAUUGUGAAUGGAAAGCACAAGCAGGUAACGUUUGUAUUGCCUCCUUCGACUGGAGCUGCAGUGGAAUUUGCAAGUCAGUCGAAAAGAUUAAAUUUGUACACAAACAAUGUGGUGAAGGAGAAGAGGCUCUUUGGAAUGCUUUACUGUAGAUUCAUAUGAAAGGGGGAAAAAAUCUUCGAUUAACAAAAAAGUAAAAACUAAUACUCCCCCGGUUUCAACUAUCAGGUAAUACAGAAUGAUACAUACGGUUUUCAAGAUUUGCGAUCGAUAUGUGACAUUGUAGGUAUAGACAUAAUUAUGAUUUUGAGGCAAUGAGUGUUCGACUCUAGACGGCUGAGAUGGGAUGGCUUGAUAUGUAGUCUUGUUAGAAGGCUAAUUAUUGAUGAUUAGUUCUUCGAUAUUCGAACGAUGUUCUAUUUUGUGUGUGUGUGUGUGUGUGUUUUGUUUUUUGUUUUUUUUUUUCAUGCAAAAAGAAUUACUGAACAAGAAAAUGCCCAGCUGUGUAAAUAAAAGGUCUCCCUUUGCAAAAUUA